UGUGAUAGUAUUCUAAUACUCCAUCCACUAGUCAUGUUUGAUGCUCCCAUCUUGGAAAUUUCAGUCGCUUUUAUCUUUUUUCUCGCUCGAUUUCAUCCAAUUCUUUUUUUCAGAUUCACUUGUUCACUCUCCAAUGAGUAUUUUCGAUCAAUCAUUACCAGUAAACCCUACCUUUUUCCGCUAAUUUAUCAUUAUUUAUGGCGAUCAGAGGCGCACACUUCAAGUGGUACGAUGGAUUCUUCUUAUCAAUGCUUGCGUUUAGUAUAGUUAUGGUUCUAUUGAGCUGGAAGAGAUACCAUCUUUGCAAAUUCCCAUUGCAUAUGUGGAUAGUGAUCGAUUACGCUGUCGUGUUUGUGUUUCGGAUCUUAAUGUUCGUAGACAGUGGUCUUGCAGAUAAAAUGGGAUUGGAUUACGGUCGGCAGCAACGAGAUGCGUAUUUUCUUGGAAGAUUAGUGGUUCUAUCCAUUCUAUAUAUGGUUCUGUAUCCGUUUUUAUGGGCAUGGAGCAUUACAGGAUCGAUAUGGUUCACCAGUGCACACAAAUGUUUGCCUGAAAAGAAUCAGAAAUGGGGAUUUCUCGUAUGGUUGAUUUUCAGCUACGGGGGACUUAUAUGUCUUGCAAUAUAUUUAGUAAAUAAGUGGUUAACGAGAAGAAAAGUUCAUCUGGAACGGGCUCAAUUGGGGAUAACUGUGUCGAGGAUUUCGGAAUACCGGGUGUUGGUUGACAUGAUUCGUCUGCCAGAUCGGGUAUUUGAAAGUGCUGCUCAAGAGAUGAGAGUCAUGGAACAUGACGCUGUUCCACAUCAUCCCGGACUUUAUUUGUCUGAAAACCAGAGGCAAGCAGUGGAGGCAUUAAUUCAUGAACUCCCGCUGUUCUCACUGAAAGCGGUUCCAACCGACUGCAGUGACUGUCCGAUUUGUUUGGAAGAGUUCCAUGUUGGGGAUGAGGUUCGUGGGCUUCCGUGUGCUCAUAACUUCCACUUGGCAUGCAUCGAUAAAUGGCUUAGACUAAACAUAAAAUGCCCUCGGUGUCGGUGUUCCGUAUUUCCCAACCUCGAGCUAAACGAUCUGCCUAAUAUCCCACCUGAUACCGUCCUUUCAUCACCAUCUCCUCCUCCUCCUCUCCAAAGUCAAAGUUACCUCGCGAGAAUGCAGAGUUUUCUCAUGCCACUUCGCACAGAAAACGCAGCAUCUUCUAAUUCCAAUUCCAAUUCCAGUUCCAACUCCAACCUUAACGCUAGCUCUACAGAUAAUAAUAAUAAUAAUGAUUCGGAUGUGGCUUUGGAAAUGGCCGAAAAUGGAGGUCAACCAUCGGAGAGUCAUGGUCAACACACAAGUGGAGAGCGUGUACAAUGACCGUUUUUGAUAGUCAUCUCGGCCAGUUGUAGAUUUGUUACCGGUUUUUCUUUUAUAGGUUAAGCUUGAUAUGAUAUAUCAAGCUUAAAAGACUUAGAAUAUGCUCGAGUUUCAUAGGUUUUGGAAUAUGCUCGAGUUUUGCUUAAAUUUUUCGUUAAUUGUUUCGCUUCAUCGGUGUAACCUGAACAGUUUUUUGGUUAAGCUUGGAAUAUUUUCAAAUUGCUAAAAUAACAUAUGAUCGUUAACGAGCAUGUUGGGGGUAUCGUUCCUACCGGUUAUAUUUGAA